CAGAGGAGGGCACAGAAUACAAUUCCCCAUUGAGCACAGUCUGAAGCGCACAUCACACUCUCUAGGUGUUGCAUCCUGACCAUGUCAGACACAGAAGAAGGCACAUAUGAGGGACAACAAGACGAGGAUAUUGUUGCAGAUGCAGAGGAAAAUGAAGGAGAAGAGGCAAAGCCCAAGGGAAAGCCUGGCUUUCUGCCCGGCUUGGCUGCUCCCAAAAUCCCAGAGGGAGAAAGAGUGGACUUUGACGACAUUCAUAGAAAACGAAUGGAAAAGGACCUGACGGAGCUCCACACUCUGAUUGAAGCUCACUUUGAGAAGCGUAAGAAGGAGGAAGAAGAGCUUCUUAGCCUCACAGAUCGCAUUGAGAAACGCAGGUCAGAGAGAGCAGAGCAGAUAAAGAUCAGGGCAGAGAGAGAAAAAGAACGGCAGAACAAAGUGGCUGAAGAGAAAGCCAGAAAAGAAGAUGAAGAAGCAAAGAAGAAAGCAGACGAUGAUGCCAGGAAGAAGAUGAUUCUGUCCAACUUGAGUUUCACUGGAUAUAAGCAGACGCAGACUGGGCCAAAAAGACAGACGGAAAGAGAAAAGAAGAAGAAGAUCCUAAAUGACCGACGCAAAGAGUUAAAUGUUGAUCAAAUGAGAGAGGACCAACUCAGAGAAAAAGCUAAGGAACUGUGGGAGUGGAUUCGCCAGCUGGAGGCAGAGAAAUAUGAACUUCAGUAUAAGCAUGCAAACCAGAAGUAUGAGGUCACAGUGCUGAGAAACCGAGUCAGUGAUCAUCAGAAAAUUACAAAGGGUGCCAGAAGCAAGCGUGGACUGAGGAAGUAACAUCUGACAUCAACCGGAGGAAUACUGGCAACAUUUGACUUCCAUGGAAUCAUUGAGAGUAACAUAGACCACAUAAUAAUGUUUUCUCAAUACUGAGCAUGCAAGAACAAAUUACAAUAAAAUAUAAUAUAUAUAUAUAAAAACACGAAAAUAUCAUAAGAUGCUCUAAAAUGUGUUAUCAGUUAAAUGAAGUGCAUGCAGGAAAGUAGCAGUAUAGUAGACGGUCUCUGAUUGCUGACUGAUCAGGCGAUGUGUUGCAGCUUGUGUUUAUUUGACAAGAGGUGUUUAAACCCAUUAUAAUGACUUUAGUGUCUGAAAGGACAGAAAUAUAAGAUUAUUCUAUAUGUCCUAUAAUUCAUUUUUUAACAGUACUAAAAGUGAAGUGUAAACAUGUUUGUGGUUGGAAUUAAUUAAAAAAUACUUUAACAAAACAAAAA